CCGGCCCCAGCGCGCCCAACUCCGGGGCUCCCGAGGCGGCUGGCGGGCGAUCCGGGGCGCGCAGGGCCUCUGUAUUAGGCACGCGGGAGAUCGGAAGAGGGUUUGUUGCUGGUGCCUGCGGGCCCGAGCGCGAUCAGAGCGGGAGGAGGGAGCUAGGGUUCGCCCAGCUGCCUCUCCGGCACUCGCUCUCCGGACUUGUAGGUCUGCAAGCUGCUGCUCCUCCCACCCCGGCCCGCCUCCUCGCUCUCUUGCUCGCUCCCUGGAGUUGCUGUGCUAGCCUUGCCGUGCGUCCUGGCGAGUGCGGGCCGAGGGGCCCCGGGCCAGAACUGAGUAAAGGACAGGGGCGUCCCGGGCAGAGCGCAGCCGGCCGGGGAGUGGCCAUGUGUGGCGAGGCCGCCUUGAAGCUCGCCUGCAGCAAGUGACCUCGGGUCGUGGACCGCUGCCCUGCCCCCUCCGCUGCCACCUGGGGCGGCGCGGGCCCGGUGCCCCGGAUCGCGCGUAGAGCCGGCGCGAUGCACGUGCGCUCGCUGCGCGCUGCGGCGCCACACAGCUUCGUGGCGCUCUGGGCGCCUCUGUUCUUGCUGCGCUCCGCCCUGGCCGAUUUCAGCCUGGACAACGAGGUGCACUCCAGCUUCAUCCACCGGCGCCUCCGCAGCCAGGAGCGGCGGGAGAUGCAGCGGGAGAUCCUGUCCAUCUUGGGGUUGCCCCAUCGCCCGCGCCCGCACCUCCAGGGAAAGCAUAAUUCGGCGCCCAUGUUCAUGUUGGACCUGUACAACGCCAUGGCGGUGGAGGAGAGCGGGCCGGACGGACAGGGCUUCUCCUACCCCUACAAGGCCGUCUUCAGUACCCAGGGUCCCCCUUUAGCCAGCCUGCAGGAUAGCCACUUCCUCACCGACGCCGACAUGGUCAUGAGCUUCGUCAACCUAGUGGAGCACGACAAAGAAUUCUUCCACCCUCGAUACCACCAUCGGGAGUUCCGGUUUGAUCUUUCCAAGAUCCCCGAAGGCGAAGCGGUGACCGCAGCCGAAUUCAGGAUCUAUAAGGACUACAUCCGGGAGCGAUUUGACAAUGAGACCUUCCAGAUCACAGUCUAUCAGGUGCUCCAGGAGCACUCAGGCAGGGAGUCGGACCUCUUCUUGCUGGACAGCCGCACCAUCUGGGCUUCUGAGGAGGGCUGGUUGGUGUUUGAUAUCACAGCCACCAGCAACCACUGGGUGGUCAACCCUCGGCACAACCUGGGCUUACAGCUCUCUGUGGAGACCCUGGAUGGGCAGAGCAUCAACCCCAAGUUGGCAGGCCUGAUUGGACGGCAUGGACCCCAGAACAAGCAACCCUUCAUGGUGGCCUUCUUCAAGGCCACGGAGGUCCAUCUCCGUAGCAUCCGGUCCACGGGGGGCAAGCAGCGCAGCCAAAACCGCUCCAAGACGCCAAAGAACCAAGAGGCCCUGAGGAUGGCCAGUGUGGCAGAAAACAGCAGCAGUGACCAGAGGCAGGCCUGCAAGAAACACGAGCUGUACGUCAGCUUCCGAGACCUGGGCUGGCAGGACUGGAUCAUCGCACCUGAAGGCUAUGCUGCCUACUACUGUGAGGGAGAGUGUGCCUUCCCUCUGAACUCCUACAUGAAUGCCACCAACCACGCCAUCGUCCAGACACUGGUUCAUUUCAUCAACCCAGACACAGUACCCAAGCCCUGCUGCGCGCCCACCCAGCUCAACGCCAUCUCUGUCCUCUACUUCGACGACAGCUCUAAUGUCAUCCUGAAGAAGUACAGGAACAUGGUGGUCCGGGCCUGCGGCUGCCACUAGCUCUUCCUGAGACCCUGACCUUUGAGGGCCACACCUUUCCAGAUCCGUGAUGUCUCACCAUCUAAGUCUCUCACUGCCCACCUUGGCGAGGAGCCAACAGACCGACCUCUCCUGAGCCUACCCCUCACCUCCCCAACAGGAAGCAUGUAAGGUGUUAGACACCUGAGCGUGCAGGCGGCUGAUGAGCGUGCUUUCCUUCCGGCACGUGACAGACGAGAUCCUACCAGCUACCACAGCAAACGUUUAGCAGGAAAAAUGUCUUCCAGGGAAGAGUCCGUUGGCGACAUGGCCCCUGGUGCUCUGAGUCUUUGAGGAGUAAUUGCAAGCCGCCUUCAGCUGCAGCAGAAGGAAGGGCAUAGCCAGGGUGGGCGCUUACGUCUGUGCUGAGGGAAAACCAAGCAGAAGUCCCUGUAAUAAAAUGUCACAAUAAAACCCAUGAAUGAAAACAGUUAGGAUGUUACAGAUAUAUUUUCCUAAACAAUUUAUCCCCGUGUCUUGGUUUAUUCUGACUUCGUAAACAGAAGCCGGGGCUGUGGAGGAUGGAGAGGCCCUCCUUUCCGUUUCGUUGUGUGUGUUUACCAAACCUGCCCAAAUCCACCCUGUAGGGAAGAGAAGUAGGGUGUCUGCUCAGAAGAGGCCAGUGAGGGACGUGGCCUCAAAUGGUGUUGGGAUGAAGGUGGAGGGAGGCACGCACACAGACACAUACGCAUGUGCACACACACACACACACACACACCUGAAACGCAUGUAGACUUUGGAAUGGCCCUACCAGCCCCUCAGCCCUCAUUCCUGCCCUGUGAUAGGAAAUCCACGAGAAAAAGCAACGCUAACAAGCACAGUGGGCACUGCCUGAGGAAGCACAGGGGGAUGCAGGGUAUUCAGGGCACGGUCCCCCAAACAAGGCCCCUCUGGCCCCUCUGUGGCCGAGAUGGCAGAACAGGGCUGUACUGGCUUCUUAGGUUCAACCACGCUUCCUGCUUCAGAGGUGGGAUGUUGGUUAUGACUCAAACAAGGCCUCUCUGCCUGGGUCUGCAGUGCUCCAGCUGCCCCAGCGGCUCCUAGCUUCAAAUGCAGAGGGUUAGACUGUCUGCCAGUGUUUCCUGCAUCCACACAAAGAAUGAGGUUAGCCAGGCAGGACUUAUGUUGCUUCUGGUCAGGUGAGGAACCAAUUCUCCAUGUCUGUGUCCCUGGAAACACUGGGCUCUCUUCUGUUCUGUUUUAGUUUUUCUUCUUCAGUAGCUUGGGCUGCAGCUUCUACUCUGCCCGAUUGAUGUGGGGGAAGGGCAUUUCUUCUUGUAAUUUGUUCUGUGUGUUUGCAGAUCUGGGGCUUCUUGUGUGACUCCCCCGUGGUAUACAUUUUACUUUAAAGCCCUAGCCUGCCUGCAGCCAGUGUCUUUUGUACGUUUAAAUGUGUAAAUAGUUGUGACAAGUCAAAGAAAUUAUUUAUUUCCAUCUGAAGCUCUUUCCAAAGGCUCCUCACAGAGAACAAUAAAGCCGAUUUCCUUCAGUCUGUUUGUUUUCUUAUUUAAGACUAUUUAUUAACAGUUGGACUGAUGUACCCAUAGCUGUCGAAUAAAGUGGCCCUUAGUGAAAAUUCUGUAUAAAUAGAGUAAGAAGAGGUUUGACUUUGCAAUAAAAGGAGACAUUUGGUUCUGGUUGUCCGA